AUGCAGACGGGGUUCAAGAUUCAGUGGGAGGCAAGCACUGCCAUUUCAAUGGCGAAGUCGCCGCACCUACAUCUGCUCCUCCACCUCCGCCGCUCAAUGUCUCUGUAUGCCUCUCCAACAACGCCCUCGCGCUUCCUUCCCUUCUACUCCCUGCCGGCCAAUCUCAAUUGCGCAAGAGUCUUAUCCACCGCCACACGGUAUCCGCUCCAGUACGAAAUGAUUGUCUCCCGCCCCCUCAAUCCACCAGCUCCGGUACCCUCCCGCCGUCUCCGACCGCCACCGAAGUCGCAAUUGCAGGAUUCUGAACCCGACUCGGGUAUGGGCUUCGAGGAAUGGGUAGAUAAGAAGCUGUCGAGUAAGGAGGAUUCAGAAAGUAAAGCGGUCAUGGACAAGGCUAAGAGAAAGUAUUACAACAAAAGGAGGAAGAGGAUGUACGGCGAAUCUGAGUCGGAUGAUGAGAACGGCCGGUCGCGGCGGGGCGAGAGUGAUUUCAUCGAGCUGAAGCAGGAAGUGGUGGAGCCGCGCACGGUGUUCCACAGGGAGGAAGAGUUGUACUUCUACGACACAUUUGCGUACCCGUGGGAGAAAAACAAGCAUUACCGCAUGGUUUAUCAAUUGGAGAAGAAGUAUUUCCCCGAUCAGUGUUUCGACAAGGCAUUUCUCCAGCCAGGGGAAUCGAAUGCGAAGAAGGGGAAAAAAGAAGUAGAGAAUAAAGGAGUGGCAAUAAAUGAUGAUGAUGAUGGUGAUCGGAGGAUGGUGUUCUUUGAUGAGAGUGAGAAGGAAAAGAAGGAUAUCAAGGUUGGAGAUGUGGCUGAGAAGAAAGUGGAGGACUUCUUCAAGUGUUUGAAGAAAUUCCCCAAUGAAAAAGAUGGAGAUGUUGCAUUUUCAGAGCCUUUUCUUUCAACAAGGAGUGUUGGGCUUCCUCCCAAAUGGGAUGGUCCCAAUGGCACUGUGGUUUUGGUGAAUAAACCUAAAGGCUGGACAUCAUUUACUGUUUGUGGGAAGUUGCGUCGUCUUGUCAAAGUGAAAAAGGUUGGCCAUGCCGGAACACUAGAUCCUAUGGCAACUGGUUUAUUGAUUGUAUGUAUUGGUAAAGCUACAAAGGUGGUCGACAGAUAUCAAGGCAUGAUAAAGGGAUAUAGCGGAAUCUUUCGAUUAGGAGAAGCAACCUCAACCUUGGAUGCUGAUUCACCUGUUAUCCAACGGGAGCCUUGGGAACACAUCAAGGAUGAGGAUAUAAAGAAAGCUACAGCAUCCUUUUGUGGAGAAAUAUAUCAAGUCCCCCCGAUGUUCUCUGCUAUCAAAGUUGGUGGAGAGAGGAUGUAUGAAAAGGCUAGAAAAGGAGAAACCAUUGAACUCUCACCAAGACGGAUUUCAAUCUUCAGUUUCGAGGUUGAGCGAAGUUUAGAUGACAGGCAAAAUGUGAUUUUCCGGGUGAUUUGCUCGAAGGGAACUUAUGUGCGGUCCCUUUGUGCUGAUUUCGGGAAGGCUCUAGGCAGCUGUGCCCAUCUGACUGCUUUACGGCGAGAUUCAAUAGGAGAAUAUUCAGCCGACGACGCCUGGGAGUUCCAAGAAUUGGAAGAACAAAUCACCAAAGGGUACAUGUAGCAGCUUCAAUUAUUGAUUCAAAUUCUGUCAACAUUUUCAUUCGGAAUCAUUUGUCACACAGUUUUUGUUGGUUAAGUUAUAUUUCCUGCUUUGACAAGAAAAUGAUUCUUUAUGUACAUGUAAUGAUGUAAAUGAAACACAACUGAACUCACUCA